AUGGACAUGGACCUGGACGCACCUCGUGGUCCUCGCCAUAGCAGCAGUAUAGUCGGAAACUCUCGUGGCUGUUGGACUUGCAGACUCCGGCGCAAAAAAUGCGACGAGCAACGCCCUGUGUGUGACACCUGCGCUGCACUCCAUAUCAACUGCUACUACAACCAAGACAAACCGGAAUGGAUGGAUGGCGGCGUGAGACAAGAAGAGAUGGCCGAGGAGCUCAAGCGCGAGGUUAAAGAAAAGGCACACCUCCGCCGUGGGGGGCGCGCGCUUCAUACCUCUAGCAUCCGCGUCAGACUUCCACUCGAAGUUCCCCAAAUAUCCACGGAGGCGGCUAAUCACGUGGACAAUCUCUUUAAGACAUCUUCAAAUGACCAGGAACCAUACCUCCGACGUGGGCCUGAUCCUACGCUCACCUGUAAAGAUGCUGGCGAAAGUGGAAGUCUAGCUUUCGGCCAGUCCGACACGGUUCUUAUCAUGUUUUACCUUGAGAAUUUAUUCCCCUUCCUGUUCCCAUUCUACCGCCCCUCUGUUCUCCACGGUGGUAGAACAUGGAUUCUGGAAAUGAUGAUGAAAAGUCCGGUCAUGCGGCAGGCUACUUUAUGCCAAAGCUCCUAUUUUUUCUCCCUCGCGCAUGGCACGACCACUCGCGAUGUAGUUUGGGAGACAGUGCUCAAGCAGACCAGAGAUGCAUUUGGUGUGCUAGGACAAGCGCUGCAAGUCAUCCACGGGUCAGAAAUCACCGAACAUCUGCACGGCGCUAUCAGAAUCAUGGCAAGCAUUAUGCAGAUACAACGUUUCGAGAUCGCUAUCUCGAGCUUUGGCAACUGCCAAUCGCAUCUAAAUGCCGCUUUGGCCCUUUUCAAACAAGUCCUCGAAAGCUCUGGCCCUGUCGAUCCGGCAAGGCUCAGUUCAAACUUCAACACUAUCAUAAGUCAGCUAAGGCCUUCAUGGGCUUACCCUGCCUGCCAGUCUCAGUAUCUCCAUAUUCCAAGUGCUGAACAGGCUGCUUUCCGCUUCUCGUCGGCACUUCUGAUAUUUGAUGAUAUUAUUGCUAGUACAGUACUUCUGGAGCAACCUAGACUCUACGAGUACCACUGCCGUCUCCUUGGUAAUAUCGAUGGCACUGGCCCAGCUAUUAAUCUUGAGGCUGUUGUAGGAUGUCAAAAUUGGACGUUACAGCAAAUCAGCGAGAUUUCAGUGCUUGACGUGUGGAAACAGCAAUGUAAGAGAGCCGGAAGUCUCGAUGUCAUGGAGCUGGUCCGCCGCGCCACAGCAAUCAAGGACUCGUUAGAAGUGCAACUUACGCAGCUCGAAAGUGAUCCAGUCGUCACUCCAAAAGAAAACAGCAGUUUACUAGAUUUUUUUACAGCAGACUAUGGCCAGCACCCCAAACCACCGGCCAGCCAGAACUUUUUGGUUACUCGUGUCUGGGCGCAUGCAGCGCAACUUUAUCUAUUUAUCGUUGUUUCCGGAUGGCAGCCCGCUAGUAUCGAUGUGCGUUAUCACGUUGGUCGAAUUAUCGAGCUGCUAUCGCAUCAAAUAUCACCACCAGCAUUGCUGCGCACCAUGGUGUGGCCAUUCUGUGUAGCGGGCUGCCUUGCAGAGCCAGCACAAGAGGCUCGAUUUCGAGGAAUCGUGGAUAGCUUACAACCUCCAAGCGUCUUUGGCACGGUACGUAAGGCAUUUGAGAUCAUGGAGGGUGUAUGGAGCAACAAGGACACAGGAGAUGCUGCCGACCGUGACCUAGCUAAGUGCUUUGGAAGCCAAGGUGAUCUGGUAUUACUUGUUUAA